AUGACCUUGAAGGAGUGGGGUCAGUUGAAGUUCCCGGAAGGGAAGUGGCGGCACAAGUCCUUCUUUCAGGCAUACCAGGAGGACCCAAAGUACGGCAAGUUCAUGAAGGAGCACAGGAAACUGGUGUCAGCUUGGGCACUGAGUUUUCAGGCUUACGUGGAAGCCAUGGACAGGAUGCAGGAAGAUUGCUCGAAGGCCUUCUACCAGGAGUAUGCCAGACAGUGGGCCAAAGCCGAGAUGUCCAAGAUGUAUCCGAAGGCAGAGAUCGAGAAGAGUCAAGGACCAGAGUGGGAGCUGUUGACAGGAGGGGUGACAUCGCGUCCGAUGAGCACGAUGUCAUCACCAAGUCAGAAGCGCCCCAUGGAAGAAGAGCAGUCGCAGAUGGCGAUCGAGGUGCAGCAGAAAGAGGAGAUGAUCACUCGCAUGGCGAUCUUGCAGCGCGAGAUGGACAAGAUCAAGGCCGACUUGGAGGGAACUUUCCAGAAGUUUGGAAGUGAUCUUCUGGAGAUCUAUUGUGAAGAACAUUCUCAAAUCACAGAACAAGCCUGUAAGCUGGGAUUGAAGGCCAGAAGAUUCACUUUCAGUGAUGGAGAUCUUUCUACACCAGAAGGUCAAGCUGCGCUUUGGAAAGUUUUGGAGGAAGAGCGACCGAGAGAAGUCUGGAUGGCACCAGAAUGCAAAUAUUGGGGCAACUUCAGUCGCAGAAACAUGGGCAGGAGCAAAAGCACAGAACAAAUGAUUUCAGAGGGUCGCAAGAAGCAACGUGUUCAUUUGAAGCUUUGUAAUGAUGUGUAUUGGUAUCAGAUGGAUUUGUCUGGAAACAAUUUCCUUAGGAAAAGGACGCAUGUCUACACUUCCUCAAAGAUUUUCCAUGAUGCAUUUGACCACCGAUUGUGUCCUGGGCAUCAUAAGCAUGCUCCAAUUGCUGGCAAGAUCUAUCAUUUGGGUCGGUGGAUUUCUCUCUCGGAAUAUGCUGCAAGGUACACCUCCGGUUUUGGUAGGAAUGUGGCAAGGUAUGUUUCCUGUAGGUUUGAUGAGAAGCCACUGGUUUUGGAUGAGUUGCAUGUUUGUGAUGUUGAUGAAGCUUUUGUUGCCGGAGUUGUCAAAAGAAAAAGAGUGUCCGCUGCAGCAGUUCCAGAGAGCUUAGAAGAGCCGGUUUCAGCAGAAGUGAAGCGUCCAAGGUAUCACUGCAAACAGACACCAGCAGGUGACCACGGAUGUGCAGCCGGUGAAUAUUGGGAUGGCAUUUUUAAGAAAAUUGAAACCAUGGUUCCACGGGUAGGCAAACGUGUUUUGGAUGAUGAUGGGGUUUUAGCUCAGAUUCAGAAGGGGGCCCCAAACUUGAAGGUUCAGAGGGUUGAGGCCUGUAGGGGAACUGAGAGGUUGCGCCUUCCUGGAGCUGAUGCGGACCCAGAAACCAUCCCGUUGAGAUUGACCGUGGUCAAAGACCGCAUCGCGGGUCAGUCAAUGGUACUUGGCCCAGCUGAGGAAUGGGCUGCUCUGCCAAAAAGGCAGCAAAUUCGAAAGGGUCAAUCCGCAAAGAUGAGCCUCACCAUUUUUGGAAGUUUCCCAAAGUCAGGGGAGCUUGAGACAAUGGGGUCUGAUAAGGAAGCAGGUACUGGGGAUGAUGGUGAAGAUGUUGUUGUGGUAAGUAAAGACCCUCCCAAGAAUGUUCCGGUUCAUGGACCAGGGUACAUGUUGUUGAAUGGUGAUGAAAAGGCUCAGAUUCGGAGGUUGCAUCACAACUUAGGCCAUCCACAUCCACAGAAGUUUGCCUGGUUUUUGAAGGAAAGGCAUGCGGAACCUCAUUUGGUUCAAGGAGCUCUGGAUUAUCAGUGCGACAGUUGUGCGGAAACAAAAGCUGGUCCAGACUCCACCCGUCCUGGCACAAUUCAUGAGAAUCUGGGAUUCAAUCAAGUGAUUGGUAUGGACACUGCUGUUUGGACUAAUAGUGUUGGUAAGAACUUUCAGUUUUCUCAUAUCAUUGAUGAAGGGACUUUGUUUCAUGUUGGUUCUCAUGUUGUCAGUGCGGACACAGAUUCUCAAAUUCGAGUCUUUGAGAAAUGUUGGAUGUUAUGGGCUGGCACUCCACAAGUUGUGUAUGUUGACCCUGGCACGGAAUAUACGGCAGAAGCAUGGCAGGACAGAAUGCAAAGGCAUGACAUCCAUGUCAAAGUCAGUGCAACCUUUCGAGCCAGUCUGGAAAGACGCAGCAGUGCACGCAGAGCUUUCAUAGAAGCUGAUAAUUCAUCCAGUCUUCGUCGUGCGCUUUUGAGGCGGACUCGGCCAAUGCGAGGACCUUUUGAAAUAGGAGAUCUUGUGUUGUAUUGGCGUAGGAGGGGUGCCAAUCUACGUAGAGAUCGUGGUCGCUGGUAUGGGCCAGCGAGUGUUGUUGCAGUCGAAGGGUCCAAGAAUGUUUGGUUGAAUCAUGCUGGAAAGCUAGUGCGCACGAGCCCUGAGCAACUUCGUGCAGCCAGUUUUCGGGAGUGGAAGCAGGCCAAAGAGUUGCUCACAGAGUCUGGCCCAGGGAACUCAGAUUUACAGAGAGCCCUCAAUGAUGGCAGUUUCAUUGAUGUAGAUGGGGAGGAUUUUCCUGACUGGGAAGCUGAAACAGAGGGAUAUGACCCAUCAAUUGGGGAGCCCGAAGGAGAGUUGUCAGUUCAGCCACCUGGGACACCUAAUGGGGAGUUGAGCAAUCAGUCUGAACCGCCUCAAGGAGUGGAACAGUCAGAGAAUGAACUCCCUGAUUACGUGCGUGUGCCGGUUCCAGAAAGUGUCAGUGAGUCCGAUGGUGAUGCCUCACAGGCGGGCGUCAAUCUUGAACCAACGGAUGACCUUCUGUUUGGAGAUGACAUCACCAUGUCUGCAGAUGAUAGGUGUUGCCAGUUCUGGGAGAUUGAAAUCCCUGUUGAAAACCAUGAAGAGCAUGCACUGUUUUGCGCUGGAUCAGCAGAUGAAAGUGUGUUGUUGGUGACUGGAGCAAAGAAGAAACGAGUUGAAGUCCGUUUGAGUGAUUUAAGCAGUGCUGACCAACAGCGCAUGGCGGUGGCCAAGCACAAAGAAAUAGGCGCCUGGCUCAAACAUGGAACUGUGAGAAAAGCAUCCAAAGGAAAAAUUCCUGAGGAAGCAAUCAUGCGCUGCCGAUGGCUGCUCACCUGGAAAUCAGCCUCACCUGAGGAUCACCCCAAGGAUGUGAGUGAGGGUCGUAAGGCAAAGGCCCGGUCGAUUGUUGUUGGAUACGAGGAUCCUGGAGUUGGGGUGGUUCAAAAUGAUUCACCCACACUCACCAAAGAUGGAAGACAGAUGGUGGUGCAACAGGUGAGUAGUCAUGGUUGGGAACUAGUUUCCUUCGAUGUCUCAACUGCCUUUCUUCAAGGCGAAGGAGACGGCCGCUUGCUUGGUUUGUAUCCCACCCCAGAGUUAACAGAAGCCCUUGGGUUUCAGCAGUGGGAUGAUGGCAGUGUGGAGUAUGAUCAGAUUGACUAUAUAGAGAAGAUUAGGCCAAUUGAAAUCCCAAAACAGAGACGAAAAGAGAAAUAUGCCCAUCAGGGAGGUUUGAUUUUUGUCACGACUCCAGAGUUGCUGGAGAACAAGAGAUCAGUGGUAGCACCAGAAUUCUGGAUUGUCCUGUUGAUCUUAGAACCUUGGGGUUGGAGAGAGUAA